GACUCCAAGAUUAAAAAAAGAAACAUUAAUAGGAUCAAGAAAGGAAAAUACCUUUUCAUUCCCCUACAAAGAUCAGUGGAUUUUCUGUGUUGGAAGAACUUUACCAGUUUUGAAGAGAGAGAUGUUUUUUGCUUCACGAAGCUUCUGUUGCCGUGGCACUAGAACAUGCCAGCUACGAACAGAUUUGCUUUCCAGAUCCAUCAAACAUUCAGCCUCUGCAACAAUGGCCUUCAGACACAAAAACACAAGACGAAUUGAAGGCCUUGACAGCAAUGUGUGGGUUGAAUUUACAAAAGUGGCAGCAGAUCCCUCUAUUGUUAAUCUCGGUCAAGGCCUUCCUGAUAUAUCCCCUCCCAGCUAUGUGAAAGAGGAGCUGGCAAAGGCAGCAGCAGUUGACAGAUUGAACCAGUACACACGAGGCUUUGGACAUCCAUCGCUGGUGAAAGCCUUGUCUCAAGUGUAUGAGAGAGUUUGUGGAAGGAAGAUUGAUCCUCUCACAGAUAUCCUGGUGACCGUGGGAGCUUAUGGAUCUCUCUUUAGUACAAUACAGGCAUUAAUAGAAGAGGGAGAUGAAGUAAUAAUAAUAGAGCCAUUUUAUGACUGUUAUGAGCCAAUGGUAAGGAUGGCGGGUGCAAAGCCUGUUUUUAUCCCACUAAGAUGUAAAAAUAAUGGAAACUCUGCAUCUAGUACUGAUUGGGUCUUGGAUCCUGCUGAACUUGCAAAUAAAUUUAAUUCCAAAACAAAAGCAAUUAUUCUGAAUACCCCACAUAACCCUAUAGGCAAGGUGUUUACCCAGGAAGAACUUCAAGUAAUAGCUGAUCUGUGUAUUAAACAUGAUACCCUGUGCAUCAGCGAUGAGGUGUAUGAAUGGCUGGUGUAUAAAGGGAAUAAACACAUUAAAAUAGCUACCUUGCCAGGGAUGUGGGAAAGAACAGUAACUAUAGGAAGUGCUGGGAAAACUUACAGUGUAACUGGCUGGAAGCUUGGUUGGUCCAUUGGUCCCAAAAACCUGAUAAGGCAUCUGCAAGUUGUUCACCAAAAUACACUGUAUACUUGCCCAACUCCAUUACAGGAGGCUUUGGCACAAGCAUUUUGGAUAGACUAUAAGCGCAUGGAUGACCCAGACUGCUAUUUUUACUCACUGUCUCGAGAGCUGGAAAGCAAGCGUGAUCGGAUGGCUCGACUCCUUAAAGAAGCUGGACUAAAGCCUGUCAUUCCAGAUGGAGGAUACUUUAUGAUUGUUGAUGUUUCCACAUUAAAUGUGGAUCUCUCUGAUGUAGAUGAGAAACAACCUUAUGAUUAUAAAUUUGUCAGAUGGAUGAUAGCAUCUAAGAAGCUGUCAGCAAUUCCUCUUUCAGCAUUCUGUGGUCCUGAAACAAAGAAACAGUUUGAAAAAUAUAUACGUUUUUGCUUCAUUAAGAAAGACAGCACACUAGAUGCAGCUGAAGUGAUUCUGAAGAACUGGAAUAAGCAGACAGGCUGAUUUUUCUUAUUAACACUUCCAUAUGGUAUGGUAUCUAGUAGGGGAGUUUUAUUGGAAAUUUAAGAACAAAUUACUUAAUACAGUACAGAAUUAAUAUGACUUUGGAAAUAACUUUCUGCUGCCAUCUGCUGAGGAAUUAAAACAAUGAUUUACCUAAAAUGUGUGUAAUGCAACUCAGAGGUUAUUUUCAGUCUUUUCAAAAUAAUUUACUUUUUUCCUAAA